AUGGCUAUCGACACUUUCCAUGUGCUUUUCCAGUACGCUGAAGAACACCCCAUUAUCACCACUCUUGUAUCUGCUACAUUCUUAAGCACACUGUUUUCAAUGUCUCCAGGGCGGAUAUUAGGCAUUUCCAAACGAAAAUACUAUCAUGCUCAAACGACGUUGAAUGUCAAGCUGAAUGAUGGCCAGAGUACAUCGUUUGCCGAGUUUUGCAAAUCCGUCGUUCCAAUAUGUCGACUCAACCCAUUAUUGUUCAAUGGGCAUCUCCAAACUAUCUGGACCGUGUUUAAGAAGGAGCAUAUUCCAAUCUACUACAGGCGCCACAUAUUUCAAAAUGAGGAUCCCACCUACACCGGGCAAUUCUCCGUGGACUUCGUCACUGCUCCAUACAAAGGCAAUGAUCCGGCAUUACCACCACGAACGACAUACUAUACGGACCAGGAGUUUGCAAACAUAGGAUCUCUCGACACCCGACCCAUGCUGGUCAUGCUGCAUGGACUGAAGGGCGGCUCUCAUGAAAUCUAUAUCCGACAUGUCCUUGAACCCUUGGUGGGAGAUGGAGGGUGGGAAGCCUGCGUGGUGAACUCGAGAGGCUGUUCAAAUAGCAAAAUCACCACCAGUGUUCUGUACAAUGCCCGUGCUACCUGGGAUAUCAAGCAGACGGUGCGAUGGUUGAAGAAGACCUUUCCCAAUCGCCCACUUUUCGGCAUAGGAUUUUCAUUGGGAGCCAAUAUCAUCACUAACUAUAUCGCGGAGGAAGGCAGUGACUGUGUUUUCAAGGCUGCCUUUAUCAUGUCGAGUCCGUGGGACCUACAGGCAAGUAACUUGGCCUUGCAGAGAACAUGGUUCAAGCGAAACGUGUAUUCCAAAGCCCUCGGCGCGAGCAUGAAGGCACUCUUCGAAAGUCAUGUCGACCAGAUCGUAAAAAACCCCAAGAUUGAUGUUGAUGUUGUGCGAAGCUGCAAACAUCUAUAUGAAUUUGACCGACACGUUCAAGGUCCGACAUGGGGUUACCCUACCGAGGGCGCCUACUACCGAGACGCAUCUUCCGUGGACUCGUUACUCGCCACAAGAAUUCCAUUCCUCGCUCUCCACGCGGAGGAUGACCCAGUAACUGCAGGAGAGGCGUUGCCGCGAAACGAGGUUCAAGAAACCCCAUAUGGCGUACUCUGCACAACGGAGAGUGGUGGCCACUUGGCAUGGUAUGAACUCGGAGGAUCCAGAUGGUUUGCAAAAGUGACCACUGCAUACUUCCAGAAAUUGGUUCGGGAAAUGGAUCUUGACUCCUUUUCUCUGCCUCCGGGUCUUGAUGCUAUCGACCUCGAAGGUCGGAUCUCGAGACCCAAGCGUGAGCCGCUGAAACCGGUCUUCGAGCCAAUGAGGAGAAAAUUGCAUGUCCCCACCGCAUAG